AUGUGCACGCCCCUGCCCUCGGUUCUUGAAGACAAGUGUGGAUAUCGACUCUUCAUCCAGGGAAGAGACGACAUACCGGGGGAAGAUCGUGUGGAGCUGGUGGAGAGCUGCAUUAAGCAGAGCAGGAGGCUGAUGGUCAUCCUGACACCAGGAUCCGGACUUGAGAUGAUGGAAAAUCCCACCUCAGACCAAACCUCAGUGAUUGGAUUUGACUGGCAGGUCGGGCUUCGCUACGUGCUGCUGCAGAAUGGUAUGGGCAUGAUUCUGAUCCAGCUCGGAGAGAUGGGGCCACGAGAUUAUGCUCACCUUCCUCCAGGCCUGCAGCACCUGAUCCGUCAGAGCGCCCCCAUCAGGUUGCCGAGGGGCUCACGGACAGCCUCCAAGUGGAACUCGCGCUUCUGGAAGAGAGUGAGAUACCUGAUGCCAGCCAGACCCGCCAGAAAACGAGAUUCGUCUGCCAUCAUCUAAAACCGCUGAGCUUUGAAAUGUGAAUAUGGAAAAUUAAAUUGAAAUGACGGACAAAUUCUCUACAAUGAAUAAAGAUGAAGGACUUUAUUAGGAGUCCUUCAUCUUCAUCUGCUCCACCUACUCCUUAGGUGGAGCAGAAACCUAAGGUGGAGGUUUCUACUAUACCUUAUCUCUUCAAAUGUAAGAUGUAUUUCAGAAUAUCUGCUAUAGUUCAUCUGCAAGUAGAAUAUCUUGUGUGAUAGAUUAAAGCUUCUUUAGGACUCUUCUGUUACCUUCA